AUGCGUCGCUCCGGUUGGAUGAAUGGGCUAGUUGCUUUGACACGAUGGGAGGGGCCAACAGCUCCGCCCAGAAAUGCGGUCGUCCCGCUCACAUGCACCGCGCUGCACGUCGCUAGGGGACCACCAAUUCCUUUGGACGCGACUGCAUGGGGUGAUUUUAUUGGGGACCACGGCAUCGGAAAAAUCAAUGGAAAUGGCCAACGUCUGUUGGAGUUUUGCUCCAGGUACCUACUGUGCGUGACCAAUACGUAUUUCAAAGGAAAGUCACUACAUAAGACAUCAUGGAAACAUCCACGCUCUGGCCACUGGCACCAAUUGGACCUUAUUGUAACCCGUAAAAGAGAUCUGAGGGAUACACAUCACACACGCUCUUAUCAUAGCGCCGAAUGCGACACCGACCACUCCCUAGUUGCUAGUCGAAUUGCCAUAUCCCCGAAGAAAAUCCACUCGUCCAGACCACAAGGCGUUAAGAAAGUCAAUUUUAGAAACGUGAAAAGUGGGGAGAUGUUGAUGUCAUUUGAGGCUUUUGUGCGGAGCGAGACUGCUUCCAGGGAUACAAAUGCGCCCGUAUACGAGGAGUGGCUGAAAGUCAAUGAGAAACGGAAAGCAUUUUUAAAAUACCGCGAACAUCCCUGUCCGAAUACAGAAAAGGAGUGGAGGUCGUCUAAGGCAGCGUUCCAGCGGGUUGCACGGCACUGCGCUAAUGCAUACUGGAUUGAAGCCUGCCGUACUAUACAAGCGUGCGCCGACGUAGGUGACUUUGGGGGUAUUUACUCCGGGAUCAAGCGAGCGCUUGGGCCUGUCCCUAAAAUGACGGCUCCUCUGAAGGAGGUUGAUGGCUCUGUCAUAACAGACAAUUGCCGGCAACUAGCGCGCUGGGUAGAACACUACAUCAAGCUCUACUCAACUCCAGCCCACAUUUCGCCAGUGGCAGUACAGAAGUUACCCAAAUUGCCUACAUGGAGCGAGCUGGACGUUCCACCUACCAUAGAGGAAUUGGCCAAGGCAGUCAAGCGACUUAAACGUGGUCGAAGCCCGGGAGGCGAUGGAGUCUUUGCCGAAAUUCUGAAGCUCGAGUGCAUCGCGCCCAUUCUGCACAGUCUGCUAUGGAAAUGCUGGAAGGACCCCACCCUUACCUUUAUAUAA